AUGGCCGACGAUAAGAAAUCGAAAGCAGUUAGAAAAGAACAAAAUCUUGAUGAUCUCAAACGUGAAAGCGAUAUUGAUGAUCAUAAAAUAUCUCCAGAUGAACUUUAUCGAAGAUAUGGAACUCAUCCAGAACGGGGUUUAACAGAUGCAAAAGCUGCUGAAGUAUUUGCACGUGAUGGUCCAAAUGCUUUAUCACCACCCAAAACUACACCUGAAUGGGUUAAAUUUUGCCGUCAAAUGUUUGGCGGUUUUGCUAUGUUAUUAUGGCUUGGUGCGGUUUUAUGUUUUGUUGCACAUGGUAUUAGUGUUGCAACAUAUGAAGAAGCAGCUAAUGACAAUCUUUGGCUUGGUAUUGCAUUAACAGUUGUCGUUUUUGUUACUGGUUGCUUUUCGUAUUUUCAAGAAGCGAAAAGUUCGAGAAUUAUGGAAUCAUUCAAAAAUAUGUAUGUGUUUCAAGCAUUAGCAAUUCGUAAUGGUGAAAAACGAAAUUUAAAAGCUGAAGAAUUAGUAGUUGGUGAUCUCGUUGAAGUUAAAUUUGGAGAUCGUGUACCAGCUGAUAUCCGUGUAUUACGAGCACAUGGUUUUAAAGUUGAUAAUUCAUCAUUAACUGGUGAAUCGGAACCACAAUCACGUGGACCUGAAUUUACAAAUGAUAAUCCACUUGAAACAAAAAAUUUAGCAUUUUUUAGUACAUUUGCUGUUGAAGGUACAUGUGUUGGAUUAGUUGUUAAAACUGGUGAUCGAACCGUUAUGGGUCGUAUUGCAAAUUUAGCUUCAAGUUUAGAAACAGGUGAAACUCCAAUAGCUCGUGAAAUCGGUCAUUUUAUUCAUAUAAUUACUGGUGUAGCUGUUUUUCUUGGUGUUUCAUUUUUUGUCAUUGCUUUUCUUCUUGGAUACCCAUGGCUUGAAGCAGUCAUCUUUUUAAUUGGUAUUAUUGUUGCUAAUGUACCUGAAGGUCUUCUUGCUACAGUUACUGUCUGUUUAACUUUAACAGCUAAACGCAUGGCAAAGAAAAAUUGUCUUGUUAAAAAUUUGGAAGCUGUCGAAACACUUGGUUCAACAUCAACUAUAUGUUCAGAUAAAACUGGAACAUUAACACAAAAUCGAAUGACUGUUGCUCAUAUGUGGUUUGAUAAUCGAAUUGUUGAAGCAGAUACAACAGAAAAUCAACAAAAUGCUACGUAUGAUAAAAGUGCACCAGGAUGGCUCGCUCUUAGUCGUUGUGCUAUGUUAUGUAAUCGUGCUGAUUUCAAACAAGAUCAAGAAAAUUUAAAGAAACCGGUACUUCAACGAGAAUGUAAUGGUGAUGCAUCAGAAUCUGCUUUACUUAAAUGUGUUGAAUUAUCAAUUGGAAAUGUUGUUAAAUUUCGUGAUUCAAAUCGAAAAAUAUGUGAAAUACCAUUUAAUUCAACAAAUAAAUAUCAAGUAUCAAUACAUGAAACACAAGAUGGUGAUGAUCGAUAUUUAUUAGUUAUGAAAGGUGCACCUGAACGUAUACUUGAACGAUCUUCAUCAAUUUAUAUUGAUGGAACAGAUAUUGAAUUAAACGAAUAUUGGAAAGCAGCUUUUAAUCGUUCUUAUCUUGAAUUAGGUGGUCUUGGUGAACGUGUUUUAGGUUUUUGUGAUUUACGUUUACCAGCUGCUGAAUUUCCACGUGGUUACAAUUUUGAUGGGGAUGAAGUUAAUUUUCCAGUAGAUAAAUUAAGAUUUCUUGGUCUUAUGUCUAUGAUUGAUCCACCUCGUGCGGCUGUACCAGAAGCUGUCGCUAAAUGUCGUUCAGCUGGUAUCAAAGUUAUCAUGGUUACUGGUGAUCAUCCAAUUACAGCAAAAGCUAUUGCCAAAGCUGUCGGUAUUAUUUCUGAAGGACAAGAAACUGUUGAAGAUAUUGCUCAACGUUUAAAUAUCCCAGUUGAACAAGUUAAUGGAGCUGAUGCUAAAGCAUGUGUUGUACAUGGUAAUGAUUUGAAGAGUAUGUCACCAAGUGAAAUUGAUGCUUUAUUACGUAAUCAUCCUGAAAUUGUCUUUGCACGUACAUCACCACAACAAAAAUUAAUUAUUGUCGAAGGUUGUCAACGUCAAGGUGCCAUUGUUGCUGUUACAGGUGAUGGUGUUAAUGAUUCACCAGCAUUGAAAAAAGCCGAUAUUGGUGUUGCUAUGGGUAUUGCUGGUUCUGAUGUUAGUAAACAAGCAGCAGAUAUGAUUUUACUUGAUGAUAAUUUUGCAUCAAUUGUCACAGGUGUUGAAGAAGGUCGUUUAAUCUUUGAUAAUCUUAAAAAAUCUAUUGCAUAUACAUUAACAUCAAAUAUACCUGAAAUUACACCAUUUUUAAUGUAUCUUAUAACUGAUAUUCCAUUACCACUUGGUACAAUUACAAUUUUAUGUAUUGAUUUGGGUACUGACAUGGUACCGGCUAUUUCAUUAGCUUAUGAAAAAGCAGAAACAGAUAUCAUGAAACGACGACCACGUGAUCCACAACAUGAUCGACUUGUUAACGAACGUUUAAUUUCUAUGGCUUAUGGUCAAGUUGGUAUGAUUCAAGCAUCGGCUGGCUUCUUUACUUAUUUAGUUAUCAUGGCUGAUAACGGUUUCUGGCCAAGUCGUCUUCUUGGUUUACGUAAAUCUUGGGAAUCAAAAACAAUUAAUGAUCUUGAAGAUUCUUAUGGUCAAGAAUGGACAUACAAUCAACGUAAAACACUCGAAUAUACUUGUCAUACAGCAUUUUUCGUUUCUAUUGUCGUUGUACAAUGGGCUGAUUUGAUUAUCUGUAAAACACGACGAAAUUCAUUAUUCCAUCAAGGCAUGAACAAUUGGAUGCUUAACUUUGGUUUAGUCUUUGAAACAGUACUUGCUGCUGCUUUAUGCUAUACACCUUAUCUUGAUAAAGGUCUCAACAUGUACCCACUUAAAUUUCGAUGGUGGAUACCUGCUAUGCCAUUUUCAUUGGCAAUUUUCAUUUAUGAUGAAGUACGAAAAUAUCUUAUACGUCGAAAUCCAGGUGGUUGGGUUGAACAAGAAACAUACUAUUAG